UGUUCAAAUGGUUCUCUUAUCACUUCGUGUGUGCGCGCUGUUUAUCGCGAACAUUGACAUUCAUUUUGUUUAAGAAAGUGGAACAAUGAAGAUGAGUUUGUUUUACAUUGCGGAACACGCCGCUCCUCAAUUGUUAUUUUAUUUGUGCUGUAUUUUUUAGUGUGGCGACUUGAAGAAGAGCUGAAUAACAUUAAGGAAUUCGUCAUCGUCGUCCAACGCGUUCUCGAAAAUGUGAUAUUCUGAACUCCACAAAAGCCAAAAUGUCUCAGCUGCAAAGCACUCGGGCCGAACGGAUGGCCCACUACAAGGAGGAGCGUCGCAAGCAAUUGGCGUCGCAGUUCGGUACGACGCCAAGCGAGUCUCAGCCGUCGGCGAAGAAACGUCCUAUUCACAAAGACGUCUCGAGCAGCUCGGAGGAGCCCCGUACGACGCGAGCUUCCAGAUUGCGUGCGGCUGCCGCCUCUCAAGAGGAGAAACCUUCCCAGCACAUGUCAAAUGGAAUUGAUGCUCAACGUAGUCUUAAAAUAGAACGCGAUAAAAGCGGUAAACGUAAGUCGAAUCUAAAUCGAGCGUUAAAUUCCGAAGAAGUUCCUCAACCAGAUUCAACAGAGGACUUCAUAACACGUAGGCGACGUCGACGCUUUUUCCCGCCCGAAGUACUGCAACAGCCUUCACGAGAUUCUCAUUUAAGUAGUGAAACGCCUAAAUGUGAUAAUGUAUCCACUGCCUCUCCCGUUCUCAGUACUGCCAUAUCAUCGCGCACGCCGUUAAAAAAAUCGGAACUUAGUAUACAUAUGGAAAACGCCCGUAGGGGUCAACUCGUAUCUCACUCCGAAAUGGGAAAAUUAAGCAGAGCUUACCCCAAGAAGUCUCUCGAAUCCAUCAAACCGACCAACUUAUUUCAUAAAUUAGGUAAUAAGGAAAACAGAACUUUAGUGAAACAGGAGAAAACUCCAUUAAAUAGUAAUAAACCGCGCAGAUCUGUUAAUGUAUCAAAACGAAUGGACGAGCUGACCGCGUUAACUCAAGACGCCUUGGCGCGCAUCGAAAAAUUAGCCGUGAAAACCAAGUCGAGUGUCCAAAACCCUGCCGUUCACACAACCACCGAGAAGCUCGAAACUUCCCACGAUACGGUUAAGACUCACACGUAUUCAAUUUUGAAAAAGAAAGAUGAGGCGGCUGCGCCGCCCGUUAUUAGUAACACGGUCAGUGGUCCCAUAUCAAUUUUGAAGCGCAAGGUUUCCGUGGACCAAGUGCGUUCGCAAUCGGGAACACCGCCGACCGCGACACCUCCCGUAACUUUCUCCCCGAGCGUCGUAGAUCCAGCCACGAAUCGUCGCCGGCAAGGGAUUCUGAAGAAAAGACGAAGCUUGGACGAGUCUCAAGUGCUACGUCACCGCAGCUGCAGCCCAGAAAUGGCCGUCCAUGGCCGAUCGGAUUCGCGUUCAAUUUUAAAAAAUCAGCGCCGAUCCUCACUGGAGGAAAUCCUCAGAUCGCAGUCUCCCGAAUCCGGCUUGCAUGGCAUCCUGAAACGCCGAUCGUCGCGAGUGGAAGAUGAUAUUGAGCCUCCCAUAAACUCCCCAGAGCCACAUGGUAUACUCAAACGGCGAUCUGGUAGCAGCAGCGCCGGUUCCAGCACGCACACCCCACAUGUUUCGAUCGCAACCGCUGUUAUUCUCGCUGCUGCUGGAGGUGCAGAAAUGGUACUAGAGUCGAAUGAGACCGUCAAACCAAUUUUGAAAAAGAGAAGUUUUUCUGAAGACCAAACCGUCGAUUCUUCAUCAUUUGAUGUACCCAAACCUAUCCUGAAGAAGAAAUCCAGUACCGAUACCGACGACUACGAGGAUAAGCCCAAGAAGCCCAUUUUGAAGAACAGCAAAAAUUCCGCCGAAGAUCGCGACUCGGACGCGUCAGAAGCCUCCUACCGAUACAAUUACCAGCGGUCCAGCACUGACGAGUGCGACGUCAAGCCGAUUCUCAAACAGGGCACCUCGCGCGAAAGCUCCCCGCGACCGAGAUUAUCGUUCUGCUCCAAUGACUGCGCUUCCGAUUCGGCGGUCUCCGAUUUUCGACGUCACCGCAAUUCGCGUCGGUCGCACACGGUCUGUACGGAUUUCAACGUCAAAAAUCCUCUUCCCCAAAAACCCGAGGAUCGCGAGCUACGCAAGCCGCGUCCUCUAUCCGUCUGUGAUAUGGUACUUAAUAUAGAGAAAAGACUGUCAACUGGCGCAAUUCCGAAAACUAAAAGGAACGGCGAGCGAUAUCGGACUCAGCCGGUAACCUACCACGAGCUUGAGGCGAGCCGUAACUCGCUCCGAAAACCGUUGCAUCAAGAUUUACCUUCGGCAACGACCGAUUGCAAUGGUGGUCACAAUGCUCACUCGUUGGUGGAUCUGACGACUUCGUUCGACAGCGAAAACAACCUUAACAGUAUCUUUUCGUCUUCCUUGCCAAAUACGACCAUCGAUAGUGGAAUAUCAGGGAAGAUGUCUUCAGAUUCGGCCUUUCAGUCUCUUGGGGAUGGCUUGGAGCUUGAAAGUGAGGCUGCGUCUUCCGUUAGCCCGCUUCCUUCGCCGAAGUGCGCUGCAGGCAAGUUGCAAAUGAAGACCCUGGCCGAAGAGGCCAAAGCCAUGAGAAAAGGCGGUUUAAAACAUCGCGAGGAAGUGCCCGCUAGUCGAUUUUCAACGCAGCCGAUCACCGUCAGCGAAGUGCAGGAGGCGAGAAAACUGAGCGUGGAGGAGGAUGCCUCAGUUGAUGGUAAACUGGACAGAACAGAUCCAGCUCGCUUGAGUAUUUCGGAGAGAAUUAAGCUAUUUAGUCAGACCAUUUCAUCUAAUACCGCCACCAAGUACAGACCACGCUCCGCUAGAUUUCAAUCGCAGCCUGUUACCGUAGACGAAGUUGAAACGGCACGCGCUCCACCAAGUAGAAAGCACAACAUGUUCGCUUUAGAUUCUUCUAAGGAUGACAAUGUUAAUCAAAAAGAGAGGAAGGGAAUUUUAAAAUCAAAAUUGGAUUUUUCUCAGGUUAGCGCCAGGGUAUCGCCAAGGUUUCAAGAGUCGCUCAAGUCGGUAUUGAAGAAGUCUGAGGAAGUGAGGCGACUCGGUGCUACGACUCACAGCGGUUUACGUUCAAUUUUAAAACCGGAAACUUCCGAUUUUGCUCUUGACGAGGGUAUCUCGUCGGACGAUUCGCAUUCCGGUUCGGAAGUGGAAGGUUCCGCGAAAAACGGUGCGGACGAAAGUGCGCGUGUUUCGGACGUCGGUUAUAAAAAGUCGUUCGAUAGUGACAAAAUUAGUAGUGACGAUACGAACCAAACUUCCGAUGGAGAUUCGUCCGGCGGAAGGGAAGUUCGAAGCAUUAUCGAAGGUGCCGAUUGGAUAACUAGAAGGAGACAUCGUGAGCGGUAA